UUGCCAACAAUCCACCCUCCGAAGAAAACGAAUUAUAAUCUGAAAACCCCCCCCUCACUUUCACUUCACAUUUGUGCUCACCCAAGCUCUCUCUGUUCGCUGCAAAUCUCGCGAUCUCAGGCAACUGGUCGGAGUCCUCGCCGUCGCCGGAACUUCGCUAACACUACCAAAGAUGUCCCGGAGAUAUGACAGUCGCACGACGAUCUUCUCCCCUGAAGGUCGCCUCUACCAAGUUGAGUAUGCAAUGGAGGCCAUUGGCAAUGCUGGGAGUGCAAUCGGGAUACUAGCUAAGGAUGGUGUUGUCUUGGUUGGUGAAAAGAAGGUUACUUCCAAGCUUUUGCAAACCUCAACUUCAACUGAGAAGAUGUACAAGAUUGACGAUCAUGUUGCAUGCGCCGUUGCUGGAAUUAUGUCUGAUGCCAACAUUUUAAUCAACACCGCAAGAGUUCAAGCUCAACGCUACACAUAUGCGUACCAGGAGCCAAUGCCUGUGGAACAGCUAGUUCAAUCACUCUGCGAUACUAAGCAAGGCUAUACGCAAUUUGGUGGGCUACGCCCAUUUGGUGUUUCAUUUCUGUUUGCAGGAUGGGACAAGAACUAUGGUUUUCAGCUUUACAUGAGCGAUCCUAGCGGAAACUAUGGCGGUUGGAAAGCUGCAGCAAUUGGUGCCAAUAACCAAGCAGCACAAUCGAUUCUGAAGCAAGAUUACAAAGAUGAGAUCAACAGAGAGGAGGCAAUCCAGCUUGCCCUAAAGGUGCUGAGUAAAACUAUGGACAGCACUAGCCUUACUUCGGACAAGCUUGAACUGGCUGAAGUGUUCCUAAUGCCUUCUGGGAAUGUGAAGUACCAAGUCUGUUCACCCGAGUCUUUGAACAAGCUCUUGGCGAAAUUUGGGGUGGCACAGCCUUCUACAGAAGCAUAAAAGCUCUUUUAAGAAUUAUUCCGGGUCUUCUUAUACAUUUGGGCUGCUUGAGGUAGUCCUUGUACUGAUGUUAAAUUUAGACUUGCUAAAACUGUUUCCUGAUUCACCUUAUGGCUCUCUCAAUUAGCACUCUCAACUCUUGAUCCAGUUUGCAUUAUUAUUACCUUUUGUCAUGGUUUUCCCUA